AUGCAACCCGCCAAGGGAGCUCCGAAGCAUCAUCAUCACCCGUCCAGGGCAUCGUUUCCCAGAUCUCUCCUCGCCUACGUUCUGCGAGAGCAAAGGCUCGGCUUCAUCGUCGUUGGCGUCCUGAUCGCCUCCACUUUCUUCCUCCUCCGUCCUCACAGCUACGCCCUCUCGCGGGCCGGGCCGUACGUUGACGAUGGGCAGGACCUGCCCCCGCUUCCUCGGAUGCACAUGGAGACCGGUGGAGGGGAACAGAAGCUCCCCGUGGGAUUGCGGAGGCAACAGCGACGCAUCGUGGUCACCGGCGGCGCGGGGUUCGUCGGGAGCCAUCUGGUGGAUAAAUUGAUGGCGAGAGGGGACAGCGUCAUCGUGAUCGACAAUUUCUUCACCGGGAGGCGGGAGAACUUGGCUCAUCACUUUGGAAGCCCUAGGUUCGAAUUGAUCCGGCACGACGUCGUUGACCCGAUUCUGCUGGAGGUGGACCAGAUUUACCACCUCGCUUGCCCGGCAUCUCCAGUCCACUACAAGUACAACCCAAUCAAGACCAUCAUAUCCUCUUUGCUUACCCUUUAGGAACUACGAUUAUCAUUCUUCUGGUUAGCUCAACCUGUUGAAGCCCACCUAGACCUGCAUACCAGGCCGCUUAUAUGACAUAUGCGUUUCAUCUCUUUCGGUUUCCUUCCGUGUUUUCUCCGUCUUCCUCGAACCACUCGGUGGAGGGGGGAUCGGACUCAUAGAAUAAGCAUGCCGAAGGAACAGUGUGUAGCUGCAUCAGUAUAUGACUAUAUUAACGCGUUUAUGGUAUGAGUUCAUGGUUCUUCUUUGUAAAAGUACUCAGUUCAUCAUUUCAAAAGGUUUUCUGUCCGUUCUUAACUCGUAGUACAAGACAAAUGUGAUGGGAACCUUGAACAUGCUGGGUUUGGCGAAAAGAAUUGGGGCACGAUUUCUAUUGACGAGUACAAGCGAAGUUUAUGGCGAUCCAUUGGAGCACCCACAAAAAGAGACAUACUGGGGCAAUGUCAACCCGAUUGGUAGCAAUCUUCUUGCUCUUCAUAUCGUUAUGCAUUCACUUAUAUUAUUUUAUUUGAAAUUUAUUUCGUGGAUUUAUUCACUCUGGCCACACGCUGUGGAGGAUUAUAAUCAUACCUGUAAGAAAACAUUUGAAAGGUUUUCGAAGGCUUUAAUGAUUUCUUGCGGAGUUCCUUCUGUAUGUCUUCUUCAGGGGAGAGGAGUUGCUAUGAUGAAGGAAAAAGAACCGCAGAAACUUUGGCUAUGGACUACCAUCGAGGUGCAGAUGUAGAGGUGACUUUUCUGACCUCUCUCUCUUCUACUGAAAGAAGACUUAUUACUUCUUCUUCAAGCUAUGGAUUUCCCCGACUCGUAGAAUUAGUUCCUGUAUCUGCAUCGCAGAUGGGGGAUAAUCCUACGUGAGAACAGAUUUGCUUCUCCUACUUUUUGAAUGUCUCAUUAUCAUCAUGAACACACUUUCCUCACCUUUUCUCUCCCUUUAUCUAUCCUUUUAGCUCUGCUGUACGGGUACACGUAUUUUAUUGCGUUGAACAAUGCAUGCCAAUUUUUAGCAUCACUACAGAUGUUAUAUUACCUGUGACGAUUCAAAAUGUAAUUUUUUUCCCUUAGUUUCUGCCAUAUGUGCUAAUCACAUGUGCGUUCCCAAAUAGUUGCUAGGCUUAUUUUCCUCUUAGAAUGUUCUCAUUCAUUGUUAGUCUUUUUUUUUCAUUCUAUAAUUUUUUGAGAUUUUUCUUGCUGAAAUCAUCAGUUUCAGUAUUCUGCAAUUUUUUAUGCUGCAAUUUUUUUUUUAUUGACAAUAUUUUCUCUUUUGAGAUGGCGGACUCUGGGUUUCUCUGAAACAGCAUCUUUGAAGUUCUAUCUGAGCACGAUUUCCCCAAAUGUUCUUUUUGGGUAUCAUCCGAUUAUGCUGCUCUAAUGACUGGUCUUUCCUUCGUCACUCUACCAACUUUAGGGGUUUCCCAUCACCCAUGUGAAGACAACGCAACCAAUUGGAUUAACCCAGGCAUUAAUAGUUUUUAGGGUUCAGUAUAUGCUAAAAAAUUUCAUAUCAUAAGUCGCAUGUUGGAUCAUUAUGCUAUUUCUCCAGCUUCUGUGCUUGAGGUUAGCCUCAAUCAGGAUGUGAGACUGAUACAGUCUGCGACAUGGAAUCUUUCCAGGUGCGAAUCGCACGCAUAUUCAAUACAUAUGGGCCACGCAUGUGCAUUGAUGACGGACGUGUUGUGAGCAAUUUCGUUGCACAGGUUUCUCACAAACCGAAUCCUUCGUUAAUACGCCAGUUGUUCCUUAAUCGACAAAGUACCUCGCUGUGUCUGUAUUCCUAACAGGCAAUCCGCAAGCAGCCACUCACAGUCUAUGGAGAUGGUAAACAAACUAGAAGUUUCCAGUAUGUUUCCGAUUUGGUAUGUACUCUUACUUCCUCUUAGGCCUUAAAUUUUACUGUUUUACUUUAGUGAUUACGAUGCACUUUGCACGAUAAUUAUGGAUGAGAUUUAAUGAGGUUCCCAAUCUAUUGUUUCUGUUGGACUAUGAAUGAAUAAACCCCAAAUAGUGUUAGGUUACGCUGACUUUUCCCAUUCAUCAAACAUGUUAGGUUGACGGGCUGAUUUCCCUCAUGGAAGGUGACUACAUCGGUCCAUUCAACCUGGGAAACCCCGGGGAGUUCACCAUGCUGGAGCUUGCCCAGGUUAGUGGGAAGAAAACACAAAACAAAAAUCGCCCUCUUUAUUAUUAUUAUUAUUAUUAUUAUUAUUAUUAUUAUUAUUAUUAUUAUUAUUAUUAUUAUAUGCAGGUUGUGAAGGAGACCGUCGAUCCGAGCGCGAGCAUUGAAUUCAAGCCAAACACGGCUGACGACCCGCACAAGAGGAAGCCGGACAUCACGAAGGCCAAAGCGCUCCUGAACUGGGAGCCCAAGGUUUCGCUGAGAGAAGGGCUGCCCCUGAUGGUCUCGGAUUUCAGGCAGAGGUUGCUAAAUGGGUAG